CCGACGGCGUCAAACUGAUUUCCGACAAGGGUACGGACCAGGAGGCGCCAUGAAUGAUGCAAUGGGCUGCAACCUGGCCAGGUUGGCGCGAAACAAAAUCACCGACAUGGCUAUUACUCCCAGCCCUGGCGAGGACGAACAAGUCAUCAAUGACCAAGUCAGCGAUUCAAACCCACAUGGCAACAGCGACGGUAGCACCGCAGUUGGUAAACAGGGUGCCAGCUUACCCGCGCCCAGCCUCACGUCAACAAUAAAGACGAGCCACUUCGUAAGCAACACACCAGACAAACUCUUGAUAGGAUUCCUGAGACGACCACCAUCCGCCACACCACUUCGGAUUCACAGGGAGAGGUCAUCGAGCCAGAUCGAGUUUUUUAGGGUCCUGGACGAGAAGAUAAACAGGGUGAGAGCACACUAGUGGUGAAUUGUACACUGUGUGCAAUCGUAAAUCACCACUGAUUAUGCAGCUUGAAUAUACAAAAAAUGGCAACAUGUCUUCUGUGGUGAAAGAUGCUGUACAAAGCCAAAGCUGUUAUGCCAGGGAGUUCAGUAAAGGUCUGGCCGGUAAACCAUUCGGCAUGCACCUUUUUUUUUCUAAAUCAAUAAAAGCAUGCACUCUACAAAAA